GAGAUUUUUAAUCUAAGCACGAAUUACGCUGGUGCGAACACCAAUAUUGUUGAUGAUAACAAAAUGAUUUAUUCUGACAUUGAAGUUGACACGUACGUGUUUCCUAAUAUGGACGAUAGCAGCAACGAUGAAGGCGAAGACAUUGUGAAUGAGAAAGACAUGCAGAUCACUCGCCGAUCUACCAUGUCGACAACAGUGUCCUCUGCUUCAUAUUCUGCGUCGGAAGGUUUGUCCGACGAAGCUCUCGAUAUAGCUCUGGAAGAUCCCAAUAUCAUGGAGAAAAUAUUGGAACGAGAAAUGUACGAAAUGAAACCGGAAGAACGGGAAGCCGCUAUCAACGAGCUUCACGGCGUUGAAUUCGGGCGAUGGGGGGGUUAUAGCGAAAACAAUAUCAGAAACCUGAACGAGACCACAAAAGAAUGCCCGGAAAUGACGGCUCUUGCUCUUCGUGACAUGCAAAAUAUUCUUGAUGAACUCGUUCCUCCGUGUUCUAUAUCACCGAUGAAUGACGAAGAUGAAGCCCACAACAGACGCAGAGGCAAUCGCAGGUAUCAUGCAUAUCGAAGAGGCCUCGAGUUAAAGAGUGACUUUAUACGCACCGAAGAAUAUCGGCUGAAGUUUCUUCGAGCUGAUCGAUUUGAUGCCCGAAAAGCCGCCAUCCGGUAUUGCGAGUGUCUCGAUCUACUGCUCAAAUGCUUCGGCGAAAAAAUCUUUCGAAGACAGCUGUACAUGAGUGACCUUACCGCUCUCGAGCUGAAAUACUUUCGUGAUGGCAAUUGUCAGGUACUGCCUUCCCGCGACCGAAUCGGGAGAAGGGUAUUUGUCUUUAUCGGAAGACACGAUGCGAGUACCUACGAAGAAUACUMUUCUGCCUUCCGACUUUUAGUGUUUUUGCUGUGGACAAUUCUUGCCGAGGAUGUUACCACGCAAGUGAAGGGAGCCGUAGUUUUGGUCUUCCCAACGUUCGAAGAACCAAGCAUGGCAAAGAAUUCUGCCAAAAAAAUGAACCAAAUUAUAACCACAAUACCGGUGAGAUACUCCGCGUUACAUUUCUGCAUACCAAACUCACCCGUAUUUAACCUCUGUCGCUCGCUGUGUCUGAUGCUCAUUGGACCGGAGGGGCGAAGAGUGUGUCGGGUCCACACCGGUUCCCCGGUUGAAGUAGAUUACGUACUUUCUAGCUAUGGAAUCAAUGUCAAAGACAUCCCACGAACAUAUACAUUCAUGGUCAAGACCAAGAACUGGGCUCGAUUUGCGAAGGUUAGGACUGCAAUCGACAACUUUCGAAAGAAAACCGACAAUGAGGCAGCUGGCUUGGAAGGAAAGAAUGAAGAAUCGAUAGAAGAAGUUUGUGGCGUCGAAUGUCCCGAAGUGAAUUGCAUACUUUUUGGCAACAAGGCAAUGGCUUGGGAUCAUCCCGGCAACAUUGAGUUUCGAGAUCUUAUCGAAGAAAAAGAGCUGGAACGCGAACUCCACCCGAAGAGAUUCCUCAAGGGCGAUAGGUACAAUGAUUAUAUCAUCGAAGAAGGUCGUUUGAGAAAUUUUGUCUACAUGGAAUACGAUAAGAAGAAUUUAUGGUACACAGAAAUUGUCGAUGAUGACGUGCUCCGCCACAAAAUCACCCAACUGUUAACGGGCAUUCGAAAGCGUCGCAAAGCGACACGGAUGGCCCAAAAGCUUCGAUCUCUUGCUCCAACCGAACCGACCCCUAUUUCUACCAAUGUUGAAGAAACAGUGUACCAAGGUAAUCGAUGCACCUUUCUUUGCGCUUUCAACUCAAAURAUGAUACUGUAAAGUGAAUUCAGAUCCUUUUCCCAAGUGUACUAUYGAAUACGUAUUCAGCACACGAAGUUGUUACAGCAUGAAGGUCUCGAAGAUGAACGACGGAAGCAUUAAGCCAAAGCCAACGACUAUUUAUGGAGUAUAGGAUAGAAACGAGCACAGAAAAGCUCAAAAAUCAGCAGUCUUGAAUUCUGCUCUGUUGAUAUUAAAUUAUAUUUGCUAUGGUGAAUCAAAAAUAUGAAGUAAGUUGACAUCAUGAUACUUAAAACAACUAUCCAACUUCUCAUUACAGAAAUCAACUAGACUGUGUAUGUUGGAUACUACAAAUCGUAAUGAUACUACGCAAUUCAGAGUAGUUUUUUGCACCAGCACCCAGAGGAGAGCAUCCCCCAGCAUCACAAAGUACUAGUAAAACAAGAAGUACUGAGUUGUUUUUACUAGUAGAAUAACAUUAGUAGCUGAUAAAAAGACGAAGCUACCGGUACUAGUACUAGCAAAAAUUUGACACACCUUAUGCUGACACACCUAAGUACUAGUAGUAGUCCUCACGCUACUACCAGUACUGCUACUAGUACCAAUAGUAAUACAAAAAUAAUAUGGCUAGCUAGAAGAAAUAUCAUUGCGGGCAGAUAUGGGACAGAGAGAGGAGAACAACAAGAAGUGCUACUAGCAAUAGUACUACAACAAUUGUAUCRGUACUAGUACUAGUAGAAUUCAACAAGCAUGAGGAAAAUCAUAAUGCAAAGUAAARUGUGUGCAGGCAUUGGAUAUAGAAGAUGUGAUAUACUAGUAAUCAGCAAGCCACUACUCGUCAUAUCACCAUAUGUGUAUUCUGCUGUACAUAUUCUGAAUUUUAUUCUGGAAAGCUCAUGUUACGUGAGAGAAGGAAAUUCUUUGCAGUCAUAUGCACAGCAAGACCAGCAAGACUUAACAUAGAUUACUGCCAGUAAUCAAACUGGUAAGGAUGAGGUCAAGCUCAACUGUACUCCAGUGAGGUGCUGGUGGAUUGAAAACAAAAAUAACUAGUGUUUCUCAGUKCAAGAAGAUUCAUGUAUUUUUCUUGGUACUCUAUCAAAAAAUCUUAAUAUUAUAUUUAACCAUGUGGACUAGAAGAGGCACUACUAUGUUGGCCAGAAACAGAAAUUUUGGAGAGAAGAAUUGUGCUCCUAGCUGCUCCAAGGGGUGGCUCCUCCCUCCAAGGAGGUGUUGUGGUAAGAAUGGUGAAGAGGGGGGUCAAUAUUGAUCAUGCUUGUUGUUGUAAGUGUGAAACUUGAACUUAAAAUUUCUUCUGAGUGCUUUUCCUUCACCAAGAAAUCCAAGAUAGUAAGAGAGUUUGUUACAAUGAUCCACUCCAGUGGUUGAAAGAAGUGCAACAGGAAAAUUUCCCAAGCCUUGCAAGGCUGCUACUAGCCAUGAUCUAUCUUUCUGCUGUGUAACCUGUCACUUCAGCAGCCCAAUCAGACAGAAGUGUGUAUCUUCAGUCAACAAGCUCCUAGUACUACUAGACUCCUCUCAGCAAGGUGCUCCUGCUUGAAUCCACCAGAGUAUGCUGGAAAACCAUUAUUUGCAUCUCAACACUGGGAGUGUUUUGAGGAGCAGGUUGCUUUGGCAGAGAUUGAGAUAGCUUGUUGUAAAGGUGGAGACGACGUUGAUGCUUACUGCUGGUGUGAUGAGGAUGAAGACAACAACUGAACAAGCACCAAGGUCCAAGAAGAAGAAGGAGAAGAACAACAAGAACAACACCAAGAGGAAUGACAAAAUUUAUUUGUCAAGAUUGAAGAAGUUGUUGCUGUUUAAUGGUGGUGCUAAUCUUGCAUAUGCAUCUUAAAUUAGAUACACAUACUACUAGUAAUAGUUGGUAAAUUGGAAGUAGUAGUAAAUAAUGAUAUUCUAAAAUCUUUAUCCCAGCUUCAUUACGGUACUAGUAAUCCAAUUUUUGCACAGUCAAGCACGUGUUGGAGACCAAAAUAAUCGGAAAAAAUGAGGGUUUGAAACUGGCUCAACAGACAAAAUUAUCAGUGGUACUCUGGUACCACCAGAUGGUACUGUACAUAUGGUACAGUGUAAAAUCUGUAUCCAAUUGUAUCAUAUGUAUGUUUGUACCUACUACAAUUAGUAUCUAUUUUCAAGUGCAAAUUCCAGCACUCUUCCAGUACUCUAUUUUUUGCUACUCCCAGAACACACCAGUACUCACUACAGUAGGGACCACAGUAUAUGCAAAAAAUGAGCUAGAAUUACUAGUUUGCAGACUUCUUCCUUGCCAGAAACUGCACCCCCAUGAAUAUUGAGGGUACUGACCUAAAAGGUACAAUUUUUACUAUGAGGAAAAUAUUGUGGUGGUGGAUACCUUGCUCUUCAUGAAGAACCAGCUGAGCAACUACUAACUUCAAUAUCAGAAUUAUUAGUCUCCAAAAAGGACCUGCAAUCAGAAGAGUAUCAUCUAGGAAUCCUUGUACUACUAGCCAAACUACUAGAAUGAGAUUCCAACAGUAGAGGGUCCCAGGCACAGUGGUACUAGCUGGUGUUUUCACCAAAGGAAACAUGACAGUGGUCUUCUGGAGGAGGACAAGGAGGAUCAUAGUGCCCCCAAAAGCAGCAACAAAACAGAAACACAUGGUCUCCUCCACUCUUCUCAACCUUGCAAGCAUUGGAUUACACAACUCGCACCCCUCUCCUCCUCUCGUCCUCCUCCUCAGCAAGUGAGUUGCUGAAUUUUGCUACUAUAGGAAGAUUCCUUUAUCCCUUUCUAAAAAGAAAAAGCCUGGAAUUUCUUUUAGAUAGGGACAGCAUGUGCCACYAAAAUCAGAGGACAGGGUGUUACUUUUAGUAAUUACAAAGUAAGUAGUGUAGCAAUACUAAUGGGUCAUUCCCAAUAUUGUUAAAGACGUAACAAAAAGUAAUUGCACGCCCUAUCACAACCCAAUUUUUAUGGUCAAAGUACACAUUGAGCUUGCAUCGCACAAGCAAGUAGUACCCUUUUGGUUUAUUAUUUUUUUCAGCACAAGGUUUGAAUCUGAACCAACCUUCUUUACACACAACAAGUUUAUUUUUUCAUCUUCCACAAAUAGUGCACCACUUCUUUUUCUUGUUUGUCUGCAUCUUGCAGUUCCCUCUCUUUCCAAAUCUAUUUUUUGAUCGUGUUUUUAUUUUUCCAACUACAAAUCCCAGUCAUUAGGGGUCCCACCCACUUAUAUUUGUUGUUGAGUCACAACCUUCUUUGUUUCUCAUUUUGAACCAACAAGCAUUGUUGUAUUUUUUACUACUAUCAUGAUUCAUUUUCAAUUCGCAAAAGGAAGCACAAAUUAUUAGGAAUGUGUUUUAGGAAAUAGGUAGUAACCAUGCAUGUUUUAUCUAUCUGAAUAAAUUAUCACCCAUAUU